CGUCGUCGAAAGGUUCCUUUUACGUGGCCGACUAUAAAGUUGUUCUGGUAACCGCGCGCCCGUCUCAGAAACACUCCACCCUCGAAGGAAUCGACCAGCUUUCUCGUCAUGAAAUUGCAUAUUUUAUUAUGGAUGGCACUUCCUAUGUGCCUGGCUGAAUUCACAAUCCAGGGGCCUAGUGACGGGCAUCGACGGGCUCAGGGUCUUAAGUUCAGUGAGGAGAAAGGAAUUGAAUACACAGAUGCAAGCGAAGGAGGAGGUCCUGGAGACUUCACUAUUCAAGGGGCGACCGACGGUAACAGCAAUUUUCAGAUUCAAGGUGCUACGGAUGGGCAUUCGAACUUUGAAAUUCAAGGACCCACGGACGGUGGAGCGGCUACCUAUAUACAACCUUCUUCAAUACAAGGGGCGACCGAUGGACACAGCCAGUCUCUAAUUCAAGGACCUUACGAUGCUAAUCAAGCUAACGCUAAGGCGCUCCAAUACAACGAUCCUAGUGGUUACAGAGUAAACUGGAGAUCAUACGAUCGUCAAUCACGUCCGCAAGCGCAGGAGGAAUCGUAUGUAACGCAAGCCGCUGCACCAAUUCAACAUCGACAACGAGCACAUCGGCCACAAUCGCCACCGCAGCCGCAACCGCAACCGCAGCCGCAGCCGCAAGCGGAGGUCGCUCCACACUACAGACCUUAUUCCAAUGCACCACAACAAAUUCAGCAACUGCUGCAGUUCCAACAGCAGAUUCCAUACAUCAACGUAAUUCCGGAACCAUACAGAUUCGACGAGGCAGCCGCGGUACGGGCUCAGUCCGAGCAAGUCCGAGAACAUCUCCGGCAAUUAGCCCAGGAAGCUGCGGCUAAACCCGCACCUCCACCGGAACCAGCGCCCACAUAUGCACCGGAGCGACGAAAGUCUCCGCGCCCUCAAACAAGAAGCAAACGUCAAACGCAUCCUCAACAACAGCAGCAGUACAACAGGAUAUCCCAGCCGCCGGCGGAACCGCAGCCGCAAUAUUCGACCAAUCUGCCACCUCAUCUACAGGAAUUACUUAAGUACCAGGCACAGAUACCGUACAAUAUCAUCGCCAAUCAGAUCACGUACCGUCCGGAUAAACCAUAUGUGCCGCAUCCUGUGGAUCCGCCACAGCAACCGCAACAGCAACCGCAGGUACAACAAGCGCAGUAUCAAGGUCAGGGUGGCGCCUAUCAGACUCAGGGUGGCGCUUAUCAGACUCAGGGUGGCGCUUAUCAAACUCAGGCUAGUUCAUACACGCAGGCUCAGAUACCCGCGUAUAAUCCGGGCCAACAAUAUCAGCAGGCCGGAUAUAAUCAACCACAGCCUGGCGUACGACCCGUUACCGAGAAUCAGUACUGAUUCAUCGGCUGCAUACGGUGAUUAUUUUGUUUUUAUUGGAGAGAAGUGGAAACUCAAUUCUAGUAGGAGACCGAAUUGUAAUUUGUAAUGCAAACUAUAUAUCUGAAGUUUAUAAUUAUUUAUAAUUAUUGGCAGAAGAGAUUUUUUAAAUCAAUUUUGAAGUAGAGCAAAAAAUUAUUUUUAUUUCGGAAAUGCAUUUGUUAGUUUGAAAAGAAUUAUAAAGAAAAAGUUAUGCAACAAAUGAU